AUGCGGAGCCAUCCAAGCAAAAUGAAGGAAAUGGAGGACCCUCAUGGAUACUGGGGUCCUAAGGAAGUGAUCCCUAUUGAGGAGUGGAUUCAGGAAAUCGAACAUUGCGAGUGUUGCUAUGACACCCCCGUCAACGAGCUGAUCCCCUUCUGCUACCACAUCUGGUGCCACGGCUGUGUUUUUCAGCGUUAUGAGAUGGCCGUCGACGAUGUCACUGCAUUUCCUGUGCGCUGCUGCGAAGGUGACAUUCCUAUCACCGAUGCCGUCCGUGACAUAAUUGGUGCCGAGCUUGCGGAUGCCUACGAGGCCAUCUACAAAGAGCGCACUGACCCCAACCCGAUGUACUGUUCGAAGAGCUCCUGCUCCCUGUAUGUCCCUGAUGUUGUGGUCAGCGACAACAGCACUGUUCCCUGCUCGGCCUGCGAGACUAUCACCUGUGUGCUGUGCAUGGCCGAAGCCCAUCUCGGAGCCUGCACCGAAAAGGACACUACGCUGACCGAUAUGGCUGAGGCUAGCGGCUGGAAGGAAUGCCCCCAGUGCCACAACAUGGUUGAGCAGGCCGACGGAUGCUGGCUUCUCUUCUGCAACUGCGGUGUCGUCUGGUGCUUCAAGUGCGGCAACGGCUUUGAGAACUGCACCUGCCGACAGGAGCUCCCCGACCGCACCUUGGCCCCUCGCAUUUCUGUCCGCAACGACCGGACCUAG